AUUUCAUUUACUUUUGGUUCGAUGGCAGACAUUUUUAUGUGUAUGAAUUAAUCGAUUAGUUUUAAUGGCAUUUGGUGCGGUGUACAUUUUUUUCACACCAACAGUUCUUUGAGAAUGGAAAGCAUUCCAGAAAUAGAUGCGUCACCCACUGUGGACAGCGAAGAUAAAAACAAACAUGUUUGUCUAAAAGAACAAAAGGAACAGCAUAAUUUGGAUCGUUCUCAAACUCACCCAAAACACCUUGUACAAAGUGAGGAACACGAAGGAUCAUUGUCAGGAUAUGGAUGGUCUCACGAUCCAAGUGAGGUCGUACAAUGUUCAAAUAUCUCCGAAGGUAAAACACUUGCGAACGUUGGCUCAACAGAAGACCGACAAGCAUCUGUAAAUACUUCUGGAGAACACCCUGGUCGAAUAUUAUCUGAACCGUCUUUAAACCCAGAAACCUUUUUUGUGCAAGGAAAUUCAGAUAACUCGGCAUUACGAACACAGAAUGCAGAUAGAUACCCUACUGCUUUAUCAGAGGACACAGGAACUAUAACCAACACAUAUGGAUGUAAUACAGAGAAAAUUAGCAAGAAAACAUGGAAAGCAAUUAAAAUAUUUGUUCUUGACGUAGAACAAACAUUUAUAACUAGCAAUAAAUGGCUACAGUUCUCAGAGGCAAUUGGAUAUGAUAUGAGUGUUGAAAGGUAG